AUGACAAAGACCGGUCCUGUUGCAUCCAUGGAUUACUCCCAUAUGUGGUUGCCAGAUAUCAGAAUGUCAAAGCCAACUGAGGUUGAGAAUCCAGCGGCAGACUCUCCGAUGGAGAGCACUGACUCAGAAAGAAAUGGCUCGGAUUCAAAUAAUCAGGUUCAGCCAAUGAAAAUCAACCCUUUCUCUCUUUCUCCCACACUGAGCAGCAGCACCAAGACUAAGGUGGAGGAUUGUGGUGAGAUGUCACCUGCUGCUGUACAAACUACACCUGCUCAGACAGCCCUUCCCCACACACAGCUGAUGUUAACGGGUGGUCAGCUCGCAGGGUUGACUGCACUUUUGCCAGCACAGCAGCAGCUGCUCUUACAGCAGGCACAGCUCCUCGCUGCAGCUGUGCAGCAGUCGCAUGCGGCCCACGCGGCCAAUCAACAGCAAGCCCAGCAGCAGGCCAGUCAGCAGGCAGCUCAGCCACAGUCGCAGGGCCAAUCGCAGAGCACACAGGAACAAACCGCUGCCCCUGUCCCGCCUCCUCCUCACCAGCUUCCUCUUUCUCAGCCAAUCCAGCUCACUGCGCAGGACAUUCAGCAGUUGCUGCAGCUGCAGCAGUUAGUCCUCGUUCCAGGACACACUCUGCCUUCACCCACACAGUUUCUUUUACCACAAACACAGCAAGGGCAGCAAGGGCUGCUAUCAAUGCCAAAUCUAAUUCCACUACCUCAGCAAAACCAAGGAAGCCUGCUGGCCGCUCCACCCAGACUUAGUCUUCAAGCACAGAGAGAGAAGGUUGCACAGAGCAGCGUGAACACAGUGACCUCUCAUCCUGAGGAGCCCAGUGAUCUGGAGGAACUGGAGCAAUUUGCCCGCACAUUCAAACAGAGAAGGAUCAAAUUGGGCUUCACACAGGGUGAUGUGGGAUUGGCCAUGGGGAAGCUCUAUGGGAAUGAUUUCAGUCAGACCACGAUCUCUCGCUUUGAGGCGCUUAAUCUCAGCUUCAAGAACAUGUGCAAACUCAAACCUCUGUUGGAGAAGUGGCUGACUGACGCAGAAACAAUGUCGAUGGACAGCACCUUGCCAAGUCCCAGUGCUCUUUCCUCUCCUUCCCUGGGGUUUGAGGCCCUGCUUGGCCGCCGUAGGAAGAAACGCACCAGCAUUGAGACCAACGUCCGCAUCGCCUUGGAACGCAGCUUCAUCAUGAACCAGAAGCCUAACUCAGAGGAGAUCCUACUCAUCGCCGAGAAGCUCAGCAUGCAGAAGGAGGUGAUCCGUGUCUGGUUCUGCAACCGCCGACAGAAAGAGAAACGUAUUAACCCCUCCAGUGCCACCCCUCCCUUGCCCAGCCAACCCCAGCCCACCUCGCACAAACCCCCCUGCUACAGCCCGCACAUGAUGCCGAGUCAGGGACCACUGCAGACAGUGAGAAGUCUCGGUAUAGCAGUUUGCCCUUUGACCCCAAGCGGCCCCUCCUUAAGCUCUGCACCAUCUCCUGUAACCCCGCCUCCCCGCAGUGAUGCCAGCCCCGCCCCUCCAACUCACAGUACACCAAGUCUGAACACAGGGAAUACAGUGAGGGGAGUUAAAACAGGAAUGAACCAAGCUCUUCUUGGCAGCAACCCACUUGCUACUAUACAAGCCCUAGCAGCCAGUGGUGGCCAGCUGCCCAUUUCCAGUCUUGAGGGCAGCAGCAAGGUGUUAAUUGGUGGUUCUGGAGGCCAAGGAGCAGGUCUUCCCUCUUCCCUCUUUCUCAACCACUCCUCUUUGUUGCAAAUGGCAACAGGCACCGGCAUGGGAUUGGGCGGUUCAGCUCUUGCCAAAACCUUAUUUCCUGUUACAGGCGGCAUGAGUCCCUCACCUUGCUCGAGCCCCAUCUCUUCCUGCUCUUCCAGCGAGUUGCUACACAGCCCACACUCGAUUGGAGGGGCUAAAAUCGAGUGACGCUGCCCAAGACCAAUCACAUGAGGAGGAGGAGGAGGAGAUUAAACCUUACUUGUCAACCAAAGCAUCUCUUGAUCCCCUCGCUCCCUUUCGUUUCCUCUCAUGUACACUCUCUCUUCUGCUCUCCCACUCUACUGAUGCCAAAAAUAUACAGAGUAGAAGAGGGGAGAGAUGAAGAGACUGAGUGGAAGGAAGAGGAGAGGAGGGAAGAUGAAACCAAAAAAACACCACGCGGCUUAGCGGGACGCAGUCAAAUACAUAAAUAAAAGGAGAACAAAAAAAAACUGUAGUGCAGUGAGAAGAGAGAUCCUUGAGCACCAAACACAUCAAAAAGAAUGAACUUUACUGUGUGUUAUAGAACAACUGCAACUCUUUGAAGCAAACAUGUGAAGUACUGAAUACCAAAAAGUAUAAUGGAACUUUGAGAGACUCACUAUGACAAAAAAUACAAGCAUACCAAAUAC